AUGCGUGACCUGUACUUUCCAGAGAAUGCAGACGGAACAAAGUGGAUCUCCAUUGGGCGCUCUGAACCAUUGCAGGUGACGUGCAAGGACGGGUUUGUGGAGUUGGAGGUGCAGGGGAGCGCUUUCUCUUCGACUGGUUGGAUCUUCUCUGAAAAGACAUUGAACAACUGGUACAAGUGCGAUUGCUCCGCCGCUAUUGGGCGCUUGCAGGACUUAACCGGGGAGUGGUACGUUGGAACAGUUCCUGAAAAUGUUGAGACAAUGCAAUGUGAAGAGUUCUUCAACAUCACCUAUCGUUCUGGUGGCCACGCUCUUACGACUGAACACGUAACGCGCAUCUCCUCGCUGAGCAAGAGCAGGAGCAACCGCAACUUUGAUGUGUUCACGACCUCCUGCGACGAUGAUGGUCUGACUGCGCCCGAUGGCCACUGGAUCGCACUCGAAACAUCUCCAGGCAGCGGCAACUACAAUACACAAGACUGCACGUGCGGCGACGGUGGCGGUGUAUUGCAGUCGGCUCCAGAUGAGCCACUGUCUCACGACGUCGGCUGCUGCGACCACACACUGACCGACACGUUUGACACGUUUCCAUUUCCCCUGCGUGCCUGUGCGUCCAUCAACUCGGGAGGUGGCGUCGCUCUGUCGUUCAGCAAGCGCGUCCUCCGCAUUCAGGAGUGAACGGCAAGAGCUGUGUCUGGUGGUUGUGUUCCUUUGUGCACUUUCUAGCCACCUCCGCACUCUGCGCGUAGUUUGUCGCAUUCCACAU